ACCAAUAUAAAAAGAGUGUAAAAUUAUGAACUAUCGAAGAAUUUCCGGAAUCACUUAUGUUUUCUGUCGAUUUUGAUGUUAAUUUUUUUUUUCUUGUAUUCAACUUUCAUUUUAAGGCCACUUAACCUAUGCUUGGCACAUGGCCCCCAAAAAACUAAGAUUUUCCUUUAUAAAUCGAUGACAAUAAAUUUAGCACACACCAACAUCAACACACUCAAAAUAAUGCAAACCAAGUCCAGCUUCAACUUCAAUCCUCGCAAAUAUUCACCAAUAUUCAGCAGCCAGGCUGAAAAGGAAUAUCAAAGAACAAAGAGAGUAUCAUUUGACACAGAAAUAUCCGUUCAUCAGUUGAACGAGUUAGCUAGCUAGCCGUUUUCCCUGUUUUAGCAGUCCCGAGCUGUAAAACAACAACAACAAAUCAAAGAAGAAGUCAUAAAAUGAAAAGAAAAAAAAAAUACUGAAACCCUAUACCCAUCAGGAGGUAAACGGGGGUGUUUUCGAAGAUACACUAACACAAACACACGAAUCUAUACAACACCUGAGCCUCCUCUUCUUCUAUAAGAGAGUUUGCCUUAAGGAAAAAUUUUGUUGCCAGCAACCAAUUCUAUACAACAACAAAAAAUUCUACGAAACAAAAUAUACAGAAAAACUUGUUUAAUGUCGGGGGCCUAUACACGAAUAUAAACACAAAGAUCUUUGUGUGAAAAACCUGAUAUUUUCAUACAAGUGUGUGGGUUGAGGUUUAGGUUUUUUUUCUUACCUGUAUUUACACUGUGUAGGUAGGAAAUAUACACAGGUAAAAAAUUCAGGUGUGUGUACUCAGGUGGACGGUAUAGAGUAGAGCGAGUGAAAUGCGCUGAGUUAAAUUAUAAGGUUAGUCUCUGCGAACGCUUUGCGAAGCACGGAUUUCAAACGGAUAAACGACUGACGACGGUGUGUGCUCUUAUGUGCUGAUAAAGAUAAAUUUAAAAAAAAAAUUAAAGAGAAGAAAAAUAAAACAAAUUGACCAAAGAAUCUCUGUGUUCAGUGUAAAUUUUGCACAAUUAUUUCGAUCCUAUGAAACCUUCAAAAAUUGUGACUUGAAAUUAAAGUUUAAAAAAAACGCUAUGAAUUUAGCAAAAUAAAUCAGUUUUUAUAAAAAAGUUUUCUGCAAUUCUUCUGUCGACAUCUUAAUUUUAAAAUUUCUGAACAAUAAUUCAUCAAAAUGAUUAAAUUUCGUUAUAAACGAAAAGAGCCAACAAAUAUUGUUGGUACAGCAGCAGCUACAGCACCCGUCCAGAAAGCUAUCAAAGAACAAUCUUCAAAGCAAACCAAAUUUAUACAAGGCAAUAAUAAUUCUUCAAAUGGAAAUUUGACAAAUGGUGGAGGUGGUGGUACAUUACCUCGCAUUAGUCCAAAAAAAUAUGCCGAACAAAAUGAUAGUAAUAAAUCGUCAACUUUGACAAGAAAAAGCACGGCGAAAAUAACUUCGGGUAUAGCAAUGGUUACACAAAUUCCAUCAACUGCUGAACAACUUCAUGGUCCAACUAAUGAAAUUAUUAUCAAUCGUGAUCGUUGUAUAAAUGCCGUUAUUGAACUUUUUCAACAACUCCAAACAAGUUCUGAACCAGCUCUCUGUCCCGAACCACUUCGACGUGCUCUAGCAAGUGGCCCCUUGGCUGGAAGAAGAUUCCCAUUGGGAUGUUUAGGUGAUGCAGCUGAAUGUUUUGAACUUUUAUUGCAUCGUGUACACUCACACAUAUCACCGGACGAUGGAGAUUCCUGUGAGUCACAAGCAUGCAUUGCGCAUCGUCGUUUUGCAAUGCGUGUUAUUGAACAAAGCGUUUGCAAGUGUGGUGCCAAUUCGGAGCAAUUGCCAUUUACUCAGAUGGUUCACUAUGUUUCAGCAUCAGCUCUCACAUCGCAAAACAAUUUGGCUAUACAAAAUCACCAACAACUGACUUUUGGUCAACUAUUACGUUCGGCAGGAAAUAUGGGCGACAUUCGUGAUUGUCCGAAUUCCUGUGGCGCUAAAAUUGGUAUCUGUCGUGCACUACUCAACCGACCAGAUGUUGUUUCAAUCGGUAUUGUUUGGGACUCUGAGAGACCUGCAGCCGAUCAAGUUCAUGCUGUUUUAAAGGCUGUCGGUACAACAUUAAGAUUAUCCGAUGUCUUCCAUCAAGUUUCUGAUCAACGUUGGGCACAAACUGUUCAACACGAACUUGUUGGUAUUGUGUCUUACUAUGGAAAGCACUAUACAACAUUCUUCUUUCAUACCAAGCUUAAGGUUUGGGUGUAUUUUGAUGAUGCUAAUGUUAAAGAGGUUGGUCCAAAUUGGGAAGGCGUAGUCGACAAGUGCAGUCGUGGACGUUAUCAACCAUUGUUAUUACUCUAUGCAGUUCCCCAAGCUCCAGCUGGCCCUCAAAUGCCACCCCAAUACAUUCAAGAACUUAUGCAUUCUACUGCCCGGCGGGCCAUCACACCCAGCCCUGAGAAACCCAUAAUGGGUAAUACCCGUCGUGCCAUAACUCCCACUCCCAUUCGAUCACCAAACGACUAUCAAAACCUUAGUGUCAUCCAGAGCAAAAUAUUCCCAUCUACCGAUGAAACCGACGCCUACAUAAGUCGCAAGACUGUCGAAAAUGUCUUGAACGCUCAAUAUCAGAAUUUAAGCGUGAUACAAGAUAAAAUCUUCCAAAAUGGCAACCAAUCAAUGGAAGACAAAGAUGGCGGAUUUUUAAAUCGCAAACCAAUCGAAAACACAUUGAAUUCCCAACUUGCUCGCAAACACCAUUUGAAUCUUCAUCGCAGUUUGAGUGCUGAAUCGGGGCAAGUUGCAAAUGGCUCCCCACCAAGUGAUGGUUUGACAAUCCCUGAUCAUCUGAAUCAACCUAGACGCCGUGAUUCAGGAAACUGGAGUGGUGAUAGAAAUUCUGCCAGUUCGGCUUCUUCAACGACUCUUGAUAAUCCCUAUCUUUAUAUGGUUGGCAAACGGGGAGGACCAGCUGCGGUCCCACAAAGCCCGACUCGACAAGCUGGUAUGCCUUAUGAUCCAGGUUAUGAUUCGUUUUCACUAUCAUCAACCGAUUCUUAUCCACCGAAGCACCACAAUCCACAAUUGGCUAAGAUUCCAGAAUCUGUAGUUCUAACCGGAGAUUGUGAGAAGCUUUGUCAAGAAGCUGAUCAACUUCUUGAGAAGUCCCGAAUUGUCGAAGAGUCUCAUGAUUUAGAAACAGCUCUUGUCCUGUGCAAUGCUGCAGCUGGAAGAGCUCGGGCAGCAAUGGAUGCUCCAUACAGCAAUCCACACACAAUGACUUUCGCUAGAAUGAAGCAUAACACUUGUAUAAUGAGAGCCCGAAGUCUUCAUCGAAGAAUUUUAGUUGAGAAGGGUACCGAUCUGGAGACUAAUUAUCCCCCAGAAUUGAUCAAAAAUAUCAUGAGUGGUGGCAGCGUUAAGCAUGUCCGUCAAAAUAGCAAAGACAAGACUUUGGAGAAAUCUUCAGUCAAUAAGAAUAUUGAGAUUUAUGCAACUUUGCCGAAGAAGAAGACACCUAUUAAAGCUUCUAUACUUGCUGACGAAAAUGCAAUUGAAUUUGAUCCACCGGCAAAACCAGAGCGAGAAAGUCGCAGCAUUUUUGGCCGGAAUAAAGAAAAGGAUAAGCGAAGUCGUAGUGAAGAUCGCAACAAGAUCUCCCGAGAAUUUUCGGUAGCUGAAACUUUGCUCGUAAAUGCAAAAGACACUCUAAAGAAGCACAAAGAAGAUAAAGACGAGAAGAAAGAAAAAGAUAAAAGUGGCAAGAAACAGCACAAAAUCCGUAGAAAGCUUUUAAUGGGAGGCUUGAUAAGAAGAAAAAAUCGUUCCAUGCCUGAUUUGACAGAAGCUAAUGCAGCUGAAGAACAGCAACAGAAAGAGAAACCAGCUGCUCCAAUUGUAUCAGUUGAUGACAGUACAGUAGGUUUGAAUAAAAACAGUAUGAGUGGGUACAUCUCAGAGGGACACUUCGACUAUCGCGAAGCUAACAACGCCAAUCCGAAUCUUGAGCGUAGUAAGCUAAUGCGAAAGAGUUUCCAUGGAAGUGGUCGACAAUUGACAGUUGUAGCGAAAGUAGCUCCACCUCCACCAUUGCGAACAAGUUCAGCCUUAACCCAACUCGAUCAAACUAUUCAACCAUUCCAUGAGGCAAAUCUUUCGAAUAUCUCCAGCAUGAGUGAAGAUUCCUGCCAGACAAUAAUUACCACCUGUGCGCAAGUUCAUUCAGAACAGUCUCCAAUGAAGCAGCAUGAAGAUCAGAAUAAUAGCUACAAAAAUCCUUAUGCCUAUCCUGAUGGGGGAGUUGAUGAAGUCGAUGGACGUCUUAUGGACUCUACACUUGAUCUUCCUCCUUAUCCCAGCCCACCGGCUUCGGCUUGUCAUUCCCGACAGGCAAGUGAAGAUUUCCCACCACCGCCACCAGAAAUCGAUAUGGAACCACUAAAUCAGCAAAUAAAUCAGAUUCAAGCUCUUGAAGCUAAUAAAAUUCGCAAUCUGGAAACCCUAGAAGGUACAACAAGCAUUUUAGCUCAACUUCAACAACGACAGCACCUAAUGAAGAUGAGGAAAGAUCAGAAUUCACCCAAUACUACUGCCAGCGAUAAUUGGUUGAAGGAACUGCAAAUGAAACAAAGCGAUCUUCGAAAUAAAAAACCGGAACCUGGCAACUCUCCAAAUAGUGUCAGAGAUUUAGCAAACCGUUUCGAACAAACAAAACUCCAACCACAACAAAUAGUUGAGCAAAAUUCACAAAUUCGAUCAUAUCCAUCGCAAGAGCUUCUCAGCAGCAAGCCACAAAUUCGUACACAAAUGAACGGUCUUCCCGGUCCAACCGGAGUCGACGAAGUCGACUGCCCACGACCACGAUUACCCUCAAACCAGGGACUGCCAAAACCGAAAUACGAAAUUGCCCAAAGCCAGAUUGCUGAGGAAAUACGAGAAGUCGAAAUGCUGAAUGCAGUUGUUCAGCAAACGCUGAAUAACUCACAAAAUGGUAUUAAGCGGGUGAAAAAGAAGAGUGUUUCGUUUUGUGAUCAGGUUAUUCUGGUUGCCACUGCCGAUGAAGAAGAAGAUGAUAGUUUUAUACCGAAUCCGAUUUUGGAACGGGUUUUACGCACUGCCCAAAAUCCAAAUGAUAAAGUCACUGCCCAGCUUAUUCAGCAACAACAACAAAAUAUGUUAAGACUUUCUACCGAGGCAACUCCAAGAAAUAUCUCCCAACAACAACAACAGCCAAGUCCGACACCUUCGACAAUGGAUAGUAGACGACCUAUUCCGCAAGAUAUGCAGCGUUAUAUUCAGAUGAGACAUCAACAUAGUCCACAAAUGGAUAUAGUUUAUCCGGGAAGUAACAGCCCACAAUUCCAUCAACAACAACAACAACAAAUCCCACCUAUGCAACAACAACAACAAGCACAAUCAUCCCAAUCCAAUUCCAAUCCAACUAACACCGCCACACAACACAAUAUGCGUUCACAAGUUUACACUCCAAUGCAGGACAUUUUCAGAAUGCAAAAUGUACCAGGACAGAUGAACGGAAGUGCCAAUACUAACACCAAUAACAACAACAAUUCCAGCCCCCACCUCAAUACAAGCCCACUUAACAAUGGUAACGGCUUGGUUCAGCAAUUACCGCCACGAACCAGUAUGAGCGGCAUCGCUAGUCUUGCCAACAUGCAACACAUGCAGAUGCCCAAUGGCAACACUGGACAAAUAAUGGACGCCAAUGUAAAUGGCAUCGUUGGAUCACGUGCACCAAUUGUUGUCGAUCAGCAGAGUUACCCUAACCCAGCUAAUCGGUUACAAGUACCGAAUUUGAAUCAAAGCUAUUUGGUAUCACUUCAAAUGGCAGCACAGAAACAGCAACAACAACAACAACAGCAACAACAACAACAAAUCAUGAAUCAACAACUCCCGAAUGGUUAUCAUAUGAUUCCCCAGCAAAAUGGUUACCAUCAAAUGCAAGAUGAUCGGCACCACGCUAACGGGCCAUCACCAUACCAGAGGGUACCAAUGCCUCAUGGUGGCUACCCUGGUAAUAAUAAUUCCCUUCCUCCAAAUUCCUCCCCUUAUUUUCAGCCACCAGCACCUUUGAAACAGAUGUCCCAAAAGAAGGUCAGCUUUGAGCCUGGCACGAAAGGUGAAGCCGAACUAACAUCUCAACAACAACAAAAUACUAACGGUAUGCCGACGUUAGAGAAUGGUCAACAAAAUGGCGGUGCGUCUGUAAAUGUCACCGUUAUUCCCACCCGUGUCUAUAACAAUGCGAUAGUGAAGGCUUCCGCAAAAGCAGUCGAAUGCAAUCUGUGCCGCAAACGUCAUGUAAUUGCGCCAGCGGUUUACUGUACAAAUUGCGAAUACUAUCUGCAGAUGUUGAACAAUAGAAGAUAGAUGUGGCAACUGUAAGCUCUUGGUUCGUUCCCGCCCUUCCACAAUAAUAUGGUCUCUUUCACUCUAAGUGCAAAUUAUUUAGAAAAGAUCUAAUAUUUUUAUAUUUUAGCUCUAUAUAAAUUUAGUUUUAUAGGUAUUUUUGUUGUUAAGAUUCAAAUUUUUAUUAUUAUCACUGCCUCUAAAAGUGGGCGUGGUCUUUGUGCAUAGUAGAAGGUAAGUAUUUGAAAAUGAUAUUGUGAUAUUCGAAAUUACAAUAUUUUUUUUUUUUUUAAUUUUUAUUUUUAAUUAAUUUUAAGUCUUUUUUUUAAUUUUUUGAAGAAUUAGUUUUUUAUGGUUGUACAUAAAAAAUCAUGUGAGUAUAAAUUUUAUUAAAUAAAAAAAUAUUUUUAAAAUUAUAUAUAUUUUUUUUAAGAUUAAGUUUUAUAUAAUUUAACUCUAUAAAUAUAUAUAUUUUUGUUUAGAAUUUUAUUUUUAAGGCGAUACCUGCGAAUGGUGUUGCAAAUGAGCGUACGUUUUAUAAUGAUUUUUUUACAAAAUAAAAAAAAAGAAAAACUAAUAUUAAAAAUAUAUAUAAAAUAAA